CUGACAACUGUAAGAAGCGACUCGAGUCAAUCCCAAAGUAAACACCACCAAAGGAAAUGUCUGGCGAGCAAUCAUUCACGAAGCAGAAGCUAUGGGGUGGCCGUUUCACCGGCGAGACCGACCCUCUCAUGACCAAAUACAACGAGUCUAUUGGCUACGACCAGAGGAUGCACUACGCGGACGUCCGUGGUUCCCAGGCCUACGCUCGCGCCUUGUGCCAGAAGAAUAUCCUUAACGAGCACGAGCGCGACGAGAUCAUCCGCGGUCUCGACCUUGUCGAGAAGGAGUGGGCAGCGGGCUCCUUCCAGCUCGACCCCGCCGAUGAGGAUAUCCACACCGCCAACGAACGUCGCCUCGGUGAGAUCAUCGGCAAGCACAUCGCCGGAAAGCUCCACACCGGUCGUUCCAGAAAUGACCAGGUCGCGACCGACAUGAGGAUCUGGUUGAGGGAGGAGUGCGAGAAGAUCAUGGAGUAUUUGAAGGACUUCUUGAUGGCUACUAUUGCUAGAGCGGAGCAGGAGAUGGAUGUGCUGAUGCCUGGAUACACUCACUUGCAGCGUGCGCAGCCCAUCAGGUGGUCGCAUUGGCUUAUGUCCUACGCCCACUCCUUCAUGGCCGAUCUCGAGCGUCUCUCUCAGUUGAUAACCCGCUUCAACAAGUUGCCCCUGGGAGCUGGUGCCCUCGCCGGUAACCCCUUCGACGUUGACCGCGACUUCUUGGCUGAGCAGCUCGGCUUCAACGGCAUCGCCGGAAACUCCCUCUACGCCGUCUCCGACCGUGACUUCAUCGCCGAGUUCCUCUUCUGGGCAUCCAUGACCAUGGUCCACAUCUCUCGCUGGUCGGAGGACUUGAUCAUCUACUCCACCGCCGAAUUCGGGUUCAUCCAGCUCGCUGACGCAUACUCCACCGGAUCCUCCCUCAUGCCCCAGAAGAAGAACCCCGACUCCUUGGAGUUGUUGAGAGGAAAGUCUGGACGUGUGUUCGGACAGAUGAGCGGUUUCAUGAUGACCUACAAGGGUAUUCCAUCGACCUACAACAAGGACCUCCAGGAGGACAAGGAGCCCCUCUUCGAUGCCGUCAAUACCAUCUCCGACUCCCUCCGUAUCGCGACCGGUGUCCUCUCCACCCUUAAGAUCCGCCAAGAGAAGAUGCGUGCCUCCCUCACCAUGGACAUGCUCGCCACCGACCUUGCCGACUACCUCGUCCGCAAGGGCGUUCCCUUCCGUGAGACCCACCACAUCUCCGGCGAGGCCGUCCGUUUGGCCGAGGAGCAGAACCUGUCUGGUAUUGACCAGAUCUCUUUGGAGGAGUACAAGAAGUUGCACGCGGCUUUCGAGGAGGAUGUCAAGAACGUUUUCGACUUUGAGAGCAGUGUGGAGAAGAGGACCGCCAAGGGUGGAACGAGCAGGAAGUGUGUCUUGGAGCAGAUCGAGAGUAUUAAGAAGUCUCUUGAGGAGGUGAACUAAACAGAUGUACGUUAC